AUACCUGUUUGAGUUGAAUAUUAUAUUUACAAGUGUAUAAACAAUUUUAGGAAAUUUCAUGCUACUGCAUUAGUUGUUGUGUAUUUUAAUAUGAGUUAUUAUUCUUAAUUACUAUAGUGCCAAUAUUAGUAUUGAAGAUUUUUAUCCACAAUAUGGAAAACGCAAAGACUUGUAGUCAAAUAUUUACCGGUGCUAGGGUUUUAGGUUAUGUUAGUACACAUGUUCCAUUUGUAGCUCGAUUUAUCAAAAGAAGAGGUGAAACUUUAUUGUGUACUAGUGUUGGAAAGUGGUUUCAUACAUAUGGAUGCGAUAAAUUUCGUUUGUUAAGUGUCAGUGGCGAACAUCCUAGCGAAAUAACGUGCAUGAGUGGCGACGGUUAUCAUAUUUACACUGGUUGUGAAAACAAUAUCUACGCGUGGAGGAGAGGCUGCGAACUUAAACAUAUAUAUAAAGGACACGGAGCAACCAUUCACAAGAUCUUACCAUUUGGUAUACAUAUUAUUUCUGUGGAUGAAUCUAAUGUUCUCAAAGUUUUUGAUAUUAAAGACGAGACAGAGUUUCUUGAGUUAAAGUUCAGUCUAGAAACUUUCACGAUAACAACUUUAUGCCAUCCACCAACAUACCUAAACAAAAUACUAUUAGGAAGUAAACAGGGUCAGCUUCAGUUAUGGAAUAUCAGGACAUCAAAGCUUGUUUACACAUUAAAAGGAUGGGGUUCUGCAGUACUUAUCACAGAGCCUGCACCUGCAGUUGAUGUUGUCGCAAUUGCACUUGAAAAUAGCAAGAUAUUUUUGCAUAACAUUAAAUUAGAUCAGACUAUUAUGAACUUUAUACAUGAUUGGGGUCAAGUAAGCAGUUUGUCAUUUAGAAUGGAUGGAGCACCUAUAAUGGUGACAGGCAGCUCUACUGGUAACAUAGUCAUGUGGGAUUUGGAAGAGCGGACUGUUAAGUCACAGAUUCAAGCUGCUCAUUCAGCUGCAAUAGCUGGAUUGCAAUGUUUGAUGUCAGAACCCCUUAUGGUUACAAAUUCACAAGAUAAUUCUCUGAAAAUGUGGAUUUUUGAUAUGCCUGAUGGUGUAGCAAGGCUUUUAAAGAAAAGAGAAGGCCAUGCACUGCCUCCAAAAUUAAUCAGGUACUGUGAGCCCAGCGGUGAAAACAUUCUUGCAGCUGGAAGUGACAGCUCUUUACACAUAAUGAACACUGUCACAGAAACAUUCAAUAAAAGUAUGGGUAAAGCAUCAUUUGACAGAAAGAAAUCUAAGAAGAAAAAUAGACUAAAAAAAGACAAUUUAACUUUACCACCAAUAACACAAUUGAGUUCCUGUAUGCAAAGAGACAAACAAUGGGAUAGUAUUGCCACUCUGCAUGAAAACAAGAAAUUAGCUCUGACGUGGUCUUAUAAUAGAAUAUGUGUGGGAAAACAUAAACUUAGGUGUCCAUUUGAAGAAAAGAAAGCUGUGGCGACAUCUCUUACGGUCACACACUGUGGAAACUUUGUUAUUAUUGGUUACAGCAAUGGCCAAGUUCACAGGUUUAACAUGCAGUCUGGAAUACAUAGAGGACAUUAUGGUAAUGCAAAAAUGAUAGCACAUAAGGGGGCUUUGAGAGGUGUUGAGACAGAUAUGUGCAACCAAAGGGUAAUGACUGUUGGUGCUGAUGACAAAUUGAAAUUCUGGUAUUUUAAACCUUCAACAAGUCCAUAUCAUGUAAUGAGGUUAGAUGAGUCUGUAAAUAAAACAAAGUGUCACCGAGAAAGUGCUUUGUUAGCCCUUGCCAAUGAAGAUUUUACAAUUACCCUCAUUGACAUUGAUACUAUGAAAGUUGUCAGAAAAUUCGACGGACAUGUUGGCAAAAUUACAGAUAUUGAUUUUGACUAUCAGAGCAGGUGGCUUGUAAGUUCGUCGAUGGACUGUACAAUAUGCACAUGGGACAUACCAAGUGCACAGUUAGUGGAUGUUUUUAUGGUAGAAGCACCGUGUACCUCCUUAAGUAUGUCCCCAACAGGAGACUACUUGGCUACAUCUCAUGUUGGAGAGUUGGGAGUAUUUCUCUGGGCGAACAAACUUCUCUACGAAAAAAUAUUUUUGAAGCCAGUUGAUAGGGCGACAGUCACUAUACCGAAAUUGAAACUACCUACAACAGCACCUGAAAAACCUGAUUUAGAAGAUAUAGGCGUAAUUGAUUUGGGUGAACCGGAAUAUAAAUCUCCAGAACAAAUAAGCACAGAAUUAAUAACCCUCUCAGGACAACCGACAUCAAGGUGGCUAAACCUAUUAAAUUUGGAUAUAGUCAAAAGGCGAAACAAACCGAAAACACCACUGACAGUUCCAAAAUCUGCUCCGUUCUUCCUUCCCACUAUACCGAGUCUUGAAUUGGAAUUUGAUCUCGAAAAAGAAAAAGGCGAUACAAAUAAGAAGUUAUUGACACCAGAAUCGCUGUCUACCUUAACACCUUUUGCAAAGAAGUUGAAUAAGUGUGAAAGAGUAUUUGAUUAUGAUAAGUGUGUUAUGAAGUUGAAAGAAAUGUCUCCUGCGGCCAUUGAAGCUGAAGUUACUAGUAUGGCGCCCGACGCUGGCGGUUCUAUAGAAGUUAUGUCGCAUUUUCUUAAACUUAUAGAUAGUAUGCUUAAGUCCAAUAGAGAUUUCGAGUUAGCUCAAUCAUUUUUAAGUUUAUUUUUGAAGGUGCAUACCAAAGUAAUAACUCGGAGUAGUGAACUAUUAGUGGUUUUGCAUUGUGUGGAAGAAUCGUCUUCAGUGGCGUGGAGUAGGCUUCAAAAUAGCUUAUUGUAUAAUAUAUGUGUUGUUAAGGCAUUAAAGGAUAUGUAAUUUUGUAUAUUAAUAAGAUUGAAUCAUUAAAUAAAAUAAUUUUGUUACAA